AUGGUGACCACCAGAAGCAGAGACGGAAACAGUACAGACCCUAUGGAGCAAUUGAGGCAACUUCGGGACCAGUUGGAACAGCAGAAUCAGCUCAUCCUACAACAACAAGAGGCUUAUCUAAAAAUAACGGAAGAGCUUAAGCAACUCAAGGAGAAACAGCGAGACGCAACGGACGACCAUAGCCGGAAUGAUGAUGAUGACCACANGGCACAGAACAGAGGACCUCCUCGCUCGCCGGACCUGCUACCUUUCACGGAGGCUAUCAUGCAAGCUCCCAUGCCCGACCGGCCCCCUCCACAAAUAGAAAAGUUUGACGGAACAACCGACCCAGAACAUCACCUCCGAAGCUUCCUAGAUUCAAUGGCCUUUUACUCUAGUGACGAUCCGGUCAAAUGCCGGGCGUUUUCCCUAUCCCUGAAGGGCGAGGCUCUUGAAUGGUACUAUGCUCUCCCCCCUAACUCCAUUGAUAGUUUCCGCACGUUUGCCAGUCUAUUGAAAAGGCAGUACGUAUCUAACCGAAAAGAAGCGACCACGGCAGCCGAACUCGUCAAUCUCAGACAGGAGAAAGACGAGCCACUAAGAAAGUUCAUGCACCGAUAUACUGAAGUAGCAAGAAGAGUAAAGGGGGUAAGCCAUGAGUUCAUUAUCACCAAUUUACCUAACUGCCUGAAGCCAGGUUACGUCUCAGAAUCCCUGUAUGCCAAGUUGCCUAGAACCAUGGAAGAGCUGCAAGAAAAAAUGAAUAAGUUUAUUAAGAUGGAGGACCAACGACAUUUUCGCCGGAAAACGGACGCUGCCACAGCCGAGACCAAACAGGAGGGGGGACGAUCACGGGACAAAAACCGUAAUCAUAAACCGCCGCAAAAACACACCCCAACUCCUUACAAUCUUCAAUACAACCGGUAUGCUCCUCUUACCGCCUCGAGGGAGAAGGUGUUUGAAAAAGCCCUACAGGCCAACCUAAUUACCGCUGCCAGACGGGGAACUCCGGAGGCCGCAGACGGAGCCAAAGUUUGCAGAUAUCAUGGCAACCAGGGGCACACUACAGAAGAAUGUCGGGUCCUCAAAGAUAGAAUUGAAAAGCUGAUUCGCGAAGGGCAUUUGCAGGAAUUUGUCCGAACCGACGCACGUCGACGAGACCGGUCGCCUAGGAGGACGAGAAGAAGUCCCGAGCAUACAGGGAGAAAUACCGAACGUUCCAGGGAUCAACAUCGUGAGCGCUCUCGCAGUAGACCUCAGAAGCGUGACCCCACUCCGCGGGGACGGAUCGAUACUAUCUCGGGCGGUUUUGCGGGAGGAGGCGCCUCAUCCUCAGCUCGCAAAAGACACGUGAGAAGUUUACGAAGUGUUCACAACGUCGCCCGCAACCCCUUAUCAAUGCCGGACAUCAUCUUCACGGACGAAGAUUUUCAUGCUCCGGAUCCCGAUCAAGACGAUCCAAUGGUCAUAACCGCUCGUAUAGCACAGUAUGAUGUAAGUAAAGUUCUAGUGGAUCAAGGCAGCUCCNUCAACAUCCUAUAUUGGACCACCUUCCAAAAGAUGGGACUAUCAGAAGAUAUAAUAGCACCCUUCGGAGANCAAAUUGUUGGGUUUGCANGCGAACGGGUGGAUACUCGAGGAUAUGUUGAUCUCAGAACCCGACUNGGAACUGGUGACAGNGCCAAAGAACUCCGUACGCGGUUCCUGUUGGUAGAAGCCCACACCUCAUAUAACGCCCUCUUAGGNCGNCCAUGCCUCAANGCCUUCGGNGCCAUAGUUUCCACUCCUNACCUGGCGAUGAAAUUUCCUUCGGAAGAAGGAAAGAUAUGUACCGUACGGGCAGAUCAGAAAACCGCCCGACAAUGUUAUGUGGCUUCUUUGAAGGCUAAGACAUAUCAUAGAGAAAAACGGUCGGAAGCAAUACUGGUCGAUUUGGAUCCUAGGACCAACACUGAUGAUCGCAUUCAACCCCAAGGGGAAACCAAACAGUUCAUCCUCNGCAAAAAUGCCGACCAAACCACCUCCAUUGGUGCUGGCUUGACGUUAGAACAAGAAAGGGACCUAACUGCGCUGCUAAAGUCNAACANCAAACUUUUUGCAUGGACCGCCUCUGACAUGCCNGGAAUNCACCCCAGCGUGAUCACUCACAAGCUGUCAAUAUUUCGUGAAGCCCGUCCGGUAGCUCAGAAAAANCGACGACUAGGUAAUGACAAAAGGGAAGCCGUGCAGAACGAGGUAGACAAACUGGUGAAGGCCGGGUUUGUCCGGGAAAUCCGAUACAGCACUUGGCUAGCAAACGUUGUGAUGGUAAAGAAAGCGAACGGUCAGUGGCGAAUGUGUGUUGACUUUACCGAUCUCAACAAAGCCUGUCCGAAGGAUAACUAUCCCCUUCCCAGCAUCGACCGGUUAGUGGACGGCGCUUCAGGACACGUGGUCUUAAGCUUCCUGGAUGCCUAUUCCGGGUACAACCAAAUCCCCAUACACGUCCCAGACCGGGAGAAAAUAGCUUUCAUAACGGAGCAUGCCAAUUACUGCUACGAGGUUAUGCCGUUCGGUCUAAAGAAUGUCGGCGCAACGUACCAACGGCUCAUGGGCAAAGUCUUUCGGGAGCAAAUCGGGCGGUGUAUGGAGGUUUAUGUAGACGAUAUGGUGGUGAAAAGCUCUUCACAUCAACAACAUCUGAAAGACCUGGCUGAAGUCUUUCAACAACUCGAGCGGUAUGACCUGCGAUUGAAUCCUUUGAAGUGCACCUUUGGGGUGCAGGCAGGCAAGUUCCUAGGUUUUUUGUUAACUGACCGAGGAAUAGAGGCCAACCCGGAUAAAUGCCGGGCGAUCUUGGAGAUGCGGAGCCCAACGAAACUCAAGGAGGUCCAGUGUUUAGUUGGACGCCUUACCGCUUUAUCACGGUUUAUACCGAAGCUCUCCGACCACAUCAAGCCCAUAAUAAAGAAUAUGAAGCAGAAUGUGCCCCAGCACUGGGACGAACAGUGUGAAGUUGCCUUCUCCACGAUAAAAAACAUACUAACGUCUCUGCCGGUGAUGGCGAGACCAACAGAAGGCUUCGAUUUGCAAUUAUACCUGGCGGUCUCUAACCAUUCGGUAAGCGCCGCCCUCAUUCAAGAAUCUCCAAUUCUUAAACUAAUUUAUUUUGUUAGCAGAACUUUACAGGGAGCAGAAGAGCGAUAUUCCCAAGUGGAGAAAAUAGCUCUCGCUUUAAUUACUGCAGCGAGAAGACUCCGACCGUACUUCCAGAGUCAUCAAAUCGUUGUCCGGACGAACCACCCAAUCGCUAAAAUCCUCCGAAAACCAGAUCUCGCCGGCCGAAUGGUUGCCUGGUCCAUUGAAUUUCAGAAUUCGGCCUCCGGUUCAAACCACAAGGCUCCAUCAAAGGCCAUAUCCUUUAACUUUCAACUCAGUAAUAAUCAAGCCGAGUACGAAGCCCUAAUCAGCGGGCUACUUCUGGCGGAAGAAUUGGAGAUCGAGCGUCUGGAAUGUCGAAUGGACUCACAGCUGGUCGUCGGGCACAUUAAUGGCACUUUUCAAGUGAAAGAUAAUCAUCUGUUGCGAUAUUAUCAUAAGGUUAGUGAUUUGAUUAAAUCAUUUUUCAGCUUCAGCAUUGUACAUGUACCCCGAGCACAGAAUUCCCGGGCGGAUCUGUUGUCUAAACUGACGCACAGUCGGAACAAAUCUCAACUAACCUCGGUGAUCCGAACCGCGUUGGAUAAACCCUUGUUAGAAACGUGCUCCAUUGACCACACCGCCUCAAAGACUGAUUGGCGACACGAAAUCAUACAACUGAUGACUCAACAGGAGCAGGGCGGGUUCGUGAAUGCUUCCGACGCUAAACGAAUCGCCCGUUAUANGUUUGUCGGCGANGACCUUUACCGCCGUGGGUAUACCACCCCACUGUUGAAAUGCCUAUCUGCAGNUGAAGGACAAUAUGUUAUUCAAGANNUGCAUCACGGAAUUUGUGGAACACACUCNGGCAAGAGAUUACUUCGAGCAAAAAUCCUACGAGCAGGCUUCUAUUGGCCUACCAUUGAAAAAGACUGCGCAGAUUUCGUACGAAGGUGNAUCUCUUGUCAAUCUCAUGGACAGGACANCCGNAUCCCUCCAUCAGNNCUCAUGGGAAUCAUCUCCCCAUGGCCCUUCGCUCAGUGGGGGAUGGACAUAGCNGGUCCCUUGCCGGUCGGGAGCGGACAGCGCAAGUANCUCNUUGUGGCNGUUGACUAUUUCACCAAGUGGAUCGAAGCGGAGGCCCUCNCAACAAUUACCGCCCGGAAAGUGCAGAGUUUCAUUUGGCACUUAAUNUGCAGAUUCGGCAUUCCACAGAAACUUAUNANNGAUAACGNUCGGCAAUUCAUAGACCGGACNCUAGAAGAUUUCCUCCNCGGGUUUGGUAUCAAACAUGUUACUAGCUCNGUAGAACAUCCCCAGACUAACGGACAAGCAGAGGCGGCCAAUAAAGUCAUCAUUGCUGAACUGAAGAGACGGCUNGGACAAGCCAANGGUUUNUGGGUUGAAGAGUUGCNUGAANUAUUAUGGGCCUACCGUUGCACACCGCACGGCGCUACCGNAGAAACCCCUUUCAACCUCACNUAUGGAACGGACGCUAUGCUACNGGUNGAAGUNGGAGAGCCCUCCUUGCGACGGAAUAUACAAGAUAUGACCAUAAAUGAUCAACAAUUGAGGAUNAACCUAGANGCCUUGCCCGAACGACGUGAAGCAGCCUUAGUNAAAAAUGCAGCUCAGAANAGACUUAUCACUCGGCGUUACAACUCCAAAGUUAAACCACGCAGCUUUGCCGAGGGAGACCUUGUUUGGCGUAAAAGAGGAGACGCCCGGAAAGACAGAACGCACGGAAAACUCGCUGACAAAUGGGAAGGACCUUUUCGCAUCACGGACGACCUGAAAAAUGGAGCGUAUCGCCUGGAACAGCUUGACGGAACGAACGUUCCCAACACAUGGAACGCAACUCAUCUUAAGUUUUAUUAUAGUUGA